UUUGGCAAUGUUAACAUAAUUAAUUUCGCAAAGGUCUGAAAACAAGCUAAUCUUGUACAAAAUAUAAAUAAAUAGAUACAUUAAAAAGUAAAGAAUAGUGCCACUCCGCAAACGUUAUCUAGAGAGUUGUUAAAGGGGAGUUUGCUUUGUUAAUUGCUCGUGCUAAUCCUAAUUACUGUUUUGGGUGGAGCUGACUUGGGCUCAGAAAGGAGGGUAGCCUACUCUGGAAAGUGUGCGGUCUACGCUUCAGACCCAUCUAAAUCCACAAGAGCAAAUUCGGACUAAAGUGAAACAACGAUCCGUUGAAGACACCCGAGUUUCUGAAUUUGGAUACGGAUCUGUUACCAUUUCUAUCAAGACAGGAAGUUCAUGGAAGCGCAAGCAGGCGACCUCUCAUAGCUCGGCCAUGUUGACUACUGAGGGGGCCCACACCGUUGAACACGACGACGACAAAAUGGACACCGAGCUGCACAGGAACACCGAAACCGCCACGGACGCCAGAUCUAAAAUGGCCGCCGCCGACCCCACGAUGGAAGAGGCCGACAUGAUGAGGUGGACGGAGGCAGAGUUCGAGGAGAAGUGCACCUACAUUGUCAAAGACACACCCCAGGAGCCGAGUCCAGACAGCGAGGGCCUGACGAGGGCCGAGGCAUCGCUGCCCCGCAAUCUGGUGUUCAAACACCCGGCAAGCUCCACAGAGGUGAUUGGAGUGUGCAGCAGAGAGUACAUACCCAAAGGAACCCGGUUCGGCCCCCUGGUGGGCCAGUGCUACACUGCAGACAGCGUCUGCAAAGACGCCAACAGGAAGUACUUCUGGCGGAUAUACUCCGAGGGUGAGUUCCACCACUUUGUGGACGGCCUGGAAGAGGAGCAGUCCAACUGGAUGCGCUACGUCAACCCGGCCCACUCGGCCAGCGAGCAGAACCUGGCGGCGUGCCAGAACGGCAUGGAGGUCUACUUCUACACGGUGCGGCCCGUUGCCCCUGGCGCUGAGCUCCUGGUGUGGUACUGCCCCGAGUUUGCCCAGCGCCUCCACUACCCGCCCUCCGGAGAGCUGAUGAUGCAGAAACUCAAGCAGAGUCUACUGGAGGCCAAGCAGCAGGCCAGCGAGGAACGCAUCGUCAGCAGCACCACCCAGACACCCACCCCCACCCCCACCCCGGUCAAGAGGGAGCACAGCGUCUCCUCCAUCCUCCGAGGCACCACGUCGUCCUCCACCAACAAGAGGGAGCCCAGUCGGCCCCUGGCCACACGGCCGCGCUGCUCUGACAGCCCUGAGAGGCCCCUGUACCCCCGGCCCCUCUACCCGCCCCUGCGGCCUCACCCCCACAUGGCCGAGGACUUCCUCAGCCUCAAGACCAGCCCCGUUCAGUACGGCUACCCGGCCACCCGUUCCCCCGGCAACCAGUCGUCGGCCACGCCCUGCCCGUCGGCGAGGAGUAGCCCGGAGAGCAGCCCCCAAAGAAGCCCCGCCGGCCACCAGCACGCAGCCCCGCCCUCUGGUUUCUACCCCCGAGGUCUGGGGCCCUACCCCGGCUACGCGCCACCUGCCGCCCCCCUGUCCUCACCGUUCUAUCCCCAAGGCCAUCACUACCCCCGCUACCUCCUGCCUCCUCACUACCCGCUGCCUGGCGGCGGCGUUCCCGCCGUGGGGGGCAUGUUCCCUCGCAUGUACCCGCUCUACAGCAACCUGCUGCCCCCACACAUCCCCCUGCUCCCCUCCGACGCCGCCUCCAGACGCUUCCUCAUGCCCGACUCCAUCCAUCCUUCCUCUGUCUCCGUCCACAGGGACUUCCUCCUCCCCGCCCCCACCAGUGCCUUCUCGGCCGCCACCUCCCUGAAGGACAAGGCCGGCCCCCACCACCCUUACCCGGGUCACGGGGCCCCACACAGGCACCCUCACGCCCCCUCCAGUGGGUCCCCCACAGCGGGUACCUCGCCCCCCAGCGAGAGGGUGCCCACCAAGCCUACCUCAACCUCAGCCUUGCUGGGCAGUGCCAGCAGCCGGUCGGAGGAGGAAGCCAUGAACCUGAGCAAGAUGAAGCGUGGAGGCAGUGGCUCCGCGGGCUACAAGACACUUCCCUACCCGCUCAAGAAGCAGAACGGCAAGAUCAAGUACGAGUGCAACGUCUGCAGCAAGACUUUCGGACAGCUCUCCAACCUCAAGGUCCACUUGCGUGUCCACAGUGGCGAGCGGCCCUUCAAAUGUCAGACGUGCAACAAAGGUUUCACCCAGUUGGCCCACCUGCAGAAACACUUCCUUGUCCACACCGGAGAGAAGCCCCACGAGUGCACGGUGUGUCACAAGCGCUUCAGUAGCACCAGCAACCUGAAGACCCACCUGCGCCUCCACUCUGGAGAGAAACCCUACCAGUGCAAGCUGUGCCCGGCCAAGUUCACCCAGUUUGUCCACCUCAAGUUGCACAAGCGCCUGCACUCCCGCGAGCGCCCCCACAAGUGCUCCCACUGCCACCGCCACUACGUUCACCUGUGCAGUCUGCGGCUCCACCUCAAGGGCUUCUGCCUGGCCGCCAGCUCCCCCUCAGGCAGCUCCGCCACGGGGCCUUCCACCCUGAGGCUCGGCAGCUCCCUGGAUGAGCUCCAGCGGGCCAACGAGGAGAUCGAGCGCUUCGACAUGAGCGAGCAUGCAGAGAGGCUGGACCAGCUGCAGGGAGGCGUGGAAAUGGAUGCCGUUCUGGAGAAACAGAUCCUGGGCAUGCUGUGGAGGGAGAUGGACCUGAAAGUCUCCCCUUACCAUCCCCACCACAAGGGGAUUCCUAGCGAGCUCCUAUCCGCCAGUUACGGCCUGUAUGAGUCAGCAAACGAGACGUCGGUCAUCAAAAUGUGUCGGAGCAGUCCUCCUCCGUUGCUUCCGGCCAACGUCACGGUCAAGCAAGAGUCGGAGGAACACGCUUAACCCCUUCGAUGAUGAACCGGCUUCAGACUGUAUAGCUCAGAGAACUGGGUUGCCCGGAGCAACAGGUGUAAAUAUCCGAUUUCUCGGUUUUCAUUGGUGGUAAAAUUGGGAUGAAAAUGCGUUUUCAACCUAUCAGGGACUUAUGUACUCAGGGCUUAAACAUGAUACUGUCCCCCAGACCACUUAACAGUUCCAGAGUGUCCUACACUUAUUACAAAAGACAAUCAUCUGUCCUGGAUUUCAUGUUGUUGUUGUUGUUAUUAUUAUUAUUAUUAUUGAUAUCUAUGUAGUUAUUUGUCGUCCAUUUUUUGGGGAUCAGUUUAUUAUUAUAUAAUCUUCUUAAUUUAUUUAUACAAAUUUUGGUCUUCUCUGAUAGCAAUAUGUGGAAGUGAUGUUUACAGUGACUGGGUAAUUCAUUGUAACUGACUGUUGACUGUUUUUUUUUCUAUUUCUCUCUGCGGCCAUUUCUGUGUAGAUACUUUUUCUCUUCACCGGUAGGCCUAUCUGUCCUGUGAGACUGAAACCGCGGACCUGUAGCGUGACAGUGUCCAUUUUCAGGGUUGUGUAUAAAAAAAAACUAAAAAAACAAUACUGCAGGUAUAAAAAGGGUCAAAGGUAGUUUGGAGAGACCUUGUACUUUUGUUUUGCCAAAGGUUGCCACAUUAGCUGUUUGAUAAGAAAGAGCUUUAUUUGACCUUUUCAGCUUUCCAGAAGACUUCCCUUUGUCCACAUUCGUGCUGACCUCUCCACUUAAUUUAAAUGAGAAAAAGGGCAUUUUUGUAUAUUUUCAACAACAGUUACCUCAGUGUAUGUAAGUGUGCAUGUGUGCGUGUCUGUGAAUGGAUGUGUGCGGGUUGGUACGACUGACUGGAGUGUGUGUGUGCUGGUGUAUGUUCAGAGAGUAAUCUGAAGGCGGGUGUAUUCUAUUUAUUGCUUUUGCUACUUGAAAAAGAAAACCAAAAUGAACUGGAGUGCAAGCUCCCCAAAUGGUCCAAAGGACUGCAAAGUCUGUUCGAGAUGUAGCACAUAUAAGACUGGGAACUUCAACUACUAUCAAAACCUUAAAGAAGACAUGUACGCUAACUGCAACAGUGUAUUCAAAUGGGGAUUCGAGAAGCUACAAACCAAAGUUCACUUGGCUUUAAUUUGUUCACACACACAAAAAAGAGAGACUGAAAGAAUGGGAAACAAAGAUAACUGUAUGUGUAUCUGAUGAAGUGUUAGCUCUUUAGCUAUGGUCUUGUUUUAUAGGUUUUUUUGUUUGUUUUUUAUGGAAAAGAAUGGACUGGAUCUCUCCUUGUUUGUGAAUGGCACAGACCAAAGCACCUCGGCCUUCUUAUGCACUGGCCCUUCCCCUUAAAUACUUCUGCGCCGGUGCUUGCUCCUCUCAUAUCUACAUCGUUUGAUUGUUCCGUAUUGGCUUUAAGACUGUGUUCUGUAUGUCUCCAUGGUAACUGUGACCCGAGGCAAGUGGUCUGGAAACAGUUCCACAUCAGUCCCUUCCAUCUCUUCUCUUUUUCCCCCCUCCCCCUAUGUCUCCCCCUCUCCCUCUCUCUCUCUCUCUCUCUGUCCAUACCUGAAGUAUGACCAAAGCCUUCUCUUUGAUCAGCAGCUUUAAACUCUUGAGGAGAAAACUAAGGAAACUAAUUGACUGUCUCUGUUUACAUUCUGGUUUACAUCAUUUAUUUAUGUGCAAAAAUGUCCAAAUGUAAAUUAUGAUAUAAAUGUUCACUGUUCUAAUCUGA